AUGGCGAUGAAUGGCAUAUCGUGCGCUCCACCACUGAAUGUGCACAUGGCGGGGUCUGGAAGACGACUAUGGAUGGAUCCAGAUGCAUAUGAUAUCUUCGUCUUUCAUCCCGAAGUACCCUGGUCGGCCUCUCCGGAGGAAUACUCAGAGGAGGAGUCAAACUCGGAAACAUACUCCGAUCUGGACAUGUCCAGCAGCACAGUGUACACCUGUUGCAGAGCCGUGUGCCACAGUGGCGAAGGAUGUGACGGAUGUGAGGAAACCUGUGCAGUUUGUUUGGAGACUUUCCAAGACGGCGACUCCGUACGCGUCCUGCGUUGUCGCCACACUUUUCACACAGAAUGUGUGGAUAGAUGGCUGGCUGUAAACCGCUUGUGUCCAUUAUGCAAGCAGGACGUUGCACCGACCUGGAAGGAGCGCAAGGACGUCACAGUAUCCAGGCCGUCCCAGGUAGAGCGGGUAACCCUGGUUCUGGACUUCUCUGCCAUGCAGAUAUUCGAGACCCGAGAUCGCCCGCCUGCCAUGCAGUCCACGUCCGCUGUAGGCAAUGUGGGCCGAAGCACAAUACCAAGUUCGGCAUGCCCUAUCACCACUGUACAGCAUCGUCCGAGUCAUAUGGUCCAGCUGGACACCCAGUCGGUCCAGAGCGGUAGAGUGAGGCGAGUUCGUCAAUCCGUCAUUGCACUGUAG